UUCGUAACAGCCGACCAAUUGUGCUAGAAGUAAAUAAAAGAUCGUUCAUGAGGCAAAGCUAACUGCCGUUGCUGGAAAAUUGUACCAAUAUUCUGCAUUUGAAUAUUGUGCGACUUAAAAAAACCAAUAUAACUAAUCUAUGUAUAUCCGGUUUUAUUGUUCAGCUGGCCAAGUGUGGAAGAAACAUCCUGUUUCCUUAAUCUGACUUGGCAGUGGCAUGCUAACAGAUUGUUGUGCCCGUAUGUGCGAAUGUGUUACAGCUAAGCAGAAGGUGUUGCUUGGUUUCGGAUUUUAUUUGUAAAAAAGGCGGCAUGGUUCUUUCCUAGCGAAACUCUUACCUUUCUGUUUUGAAGGUACGUGCCGGUGCAAUUUUACAAAUUUGUGCAAUAUAUAGUGCUGCAACAUCGUUGAUAUAUUACUUUGCAUUCAACAACAAUAACAACGAGCGAAGAUGGAUUACCGCAAUAUAUUGAACAUUGCGAAGCAAAACGCCGAAACGGCAAAGACGUCGAAGGGGAAACGCAGCUCGUCGGUCAGUUCCAACACUCCACCAAAGGUCAACCCCGAGAAGAAGGUUUUGUCGGAUAACAUUAGAAAAUUUCUCGCCAAAAAGGAGGAAGAGGAGCGGCAGGCAGCGAUGGAAAAGCAUCUUAAGGCACAGGAGCUGAUGGCCAAGCGUGGUGGCAAAGGUAAGAAAAAGAUUGAAAAAAUGUUGAAGGUAAUCAAGUCGGCGAAUAAGUCCGUCCUGGACGAUGCAAACGAUGCACAGGAAAGCGCACUCGGGACGGAAAGCCUCGAAGAUGAUUACGGUUACACGUCGGCGGUAGCGUCACAGUAUUACGAGAAGAUGAUGGACAAGUACAAGAAUACACCGACCGAGUCGAUGUUUUCCGAGGCGAAAAAACGCUGCAUGUCCAGCGAGGAAUUGGCACGCGCAAAGGCGCGUGUGAAGAAUGCAAUCGUUAAGGAGCAGGAAGAGCAACAUGCACCGCGCACCAGAAAGUCACGCACAUCCAGGGCGGACGGUAGUGACGACCGGACCACCAGCAGUGUGAUCGCUACCGUUGCCGAUCCAAAGCUGCAGCCGAAACGGGAAGAUCCCAAGCAAACGAAAAACAGCGCAAACGAGGAACGGCGUUCAGUGCCGGUGGUGCGCAAACCGAACGUACCACCACCGCCCAACUUUUCCACACUGCUGAAGAUUGCCGAAACAAAGCAGUUUGAACCGAUAAAGGUCGAGGUAAACGCCGCCAAGAAGCGUGAAGAUGAUCGACCACUAACCAGCAAGGAAAGGAAGGAGUAUGAAGAGCGAAAAGCAUUCAUGGAGAUGAAACGUUUGCGUGAUAAGGUAAAACAAAACGAAAGUCUUUCGGAGGAAGAGAAACAGCGAAGAUUGGUGCGUUUGGAUGAGCUGCGAGCGGCGGGAAAACUACCGGGGAUACCACCGUUGCCGGUUACUUCAAGCCGAAAACCAACACCCGGUGCACAGGUAAGCUCAACAAGCAACAGCUCUCGUACGAUGUUUAAAAUUCCCAAGCGCACUGAAGGGUCCACCGCGGCGGAUCCGGCCAAAAUAGCUUCGAACGCAGAUAAACCAGUGGCAGCAGUUGUAACGAAGACAAUGCCAUUGUCGACACCAGAACUGAAACCGAAACCAACUGCCGGUGUUACGAAACCUACCGGAAGCGGUACCCAAAAGACUACCUCUACGCCAUCGAUGUCUUCAUCGUCGUCGACCGGUCGCACCUCCAGCAAGCAGAAUCCACAACCAUCCGGCACGGUGAGUACGUCCCAAAAAUCAUCAUCUACGUCCGGUGCUGUAACGUUGAACGGUAAAUCGUUGCCACCUCCGGUGCAAAAGCCGGCAGUAGCGAAUGGAAAAUCGACCACCGCAUCUAGCCGACCUUCGGGUGGAACCGUCCCAACGAAACCACCGCCAAACGGUAAGCAAAUGCCGGGUGCAAGCUUGCGAACUACUGCACCGACCAAACGUCCACCACCGGAACCGGUAACGCAAACACGCCAGUUCCCACCGCCGGAUGUGCAGCGUUCGAACAAACGACGGGACUUAGCAAUGCCGCAGGGUGGCGUACGAUCGACCAAUAAGAAGAGACGCGUUAUAGACAGCGACAGUGAAUACGAUAGCGAGAUGGACGAUUUUAUUGAUGACGAUGACUGUGAGGAAGACUAUUCGUCCGCGAUUAAGGACAUCUUCGGGUAUGAUAGGUCACGCUACAGGGACGAAUACUAUGACGAGGAUGACGCUAACAUGGAGUCGACGUACGCGCAACAGAUGCGUGAAGAGUACAUCAGCAAAAAGAUAGGGCUGCUGGAGGAUCUGGAGGAUAUGCGCAUGGAGGAGGAGGAGAAGAGACGCAAAACAGCAAGUAGCAAGAAGGGUGCUGCACCGAAGAAAAAGUAGAAGCAUCCACACACAAGUACGCCUGUAUGUGGUUGCACGUUAGUAGAGUUAAGGAGAAGAUUUCGAGUUCGAAUGAUCUGACGUAUGCAAUAUGUUAAAACUAGUUUAAGCAAGUCACACAUCAGCACACAGACAAGUCAGGGAGGGGAAACGAUUUCCUCCUACGUCUUUUGUCUUCCUUAAAUUACAGCGACACUUAUUCACAAGCGCAAACACUCGCCGCUGGCAGAGCAGGGAAAGCAUAUGGCGAGUGCUGAUCUACAAAUUCUUACAUGAGGUCAAGGAUAUAUUAUUGCUUAGAUUAGUUCUUUUCGCGUAAUUUUUUUUAACAUUGUUUUCAUUUCACAUUUUAUACAGCACCCUUUAUCGAUUUUCCACCCUUUUUUCAUUAUCAUUUGUGUGGCGUUCAAUCAACUCUGCCCAAUUGCUUAAAGUCUCGAACUCCUAACCGCUGUGCCUCCCAUACGCAGGACUGAUCUAAUCAGCUAUGGGAUUAUAGAAAGCCAAACAGGCGUGGAAAAUUAACUUUAAAAUUCCGAUCUUGAACUCAAAACGUGGUUCCAUUCGAAAAAAAAACAAGACACAGUAAUGUACACUGAUCUCCAAAAUUGUAAUACUGCAUCACGCUUUAGGGGUGUGAUGUAUUAUCAUGUUUUAUCAUUAAUGGGAGAUUUUCAGUCAUCAAAUUUGAAGAAAAAUCGAUUUCGUUCAACUCUAUAGGUUUGCCAUUUUUCAAUUCAAUUAUUAAAAUUUUGAUAGAUUUUCUUGAGAAACGGGAAUAGAUUUUCUUUACGCAUCCUUUUACAUGGCAACAUUCCCAUAUUGAAUAUAUGUGAGGUAGUUUUUCUUUAAAAAAAAAUUGCAAUAGUUUUUCGUGCUGUUCUGAUUGUUCUGAUAUAUCUUCACGUAAUUUCCUUUUUCUUCUUCAUUUUUAGAGUUUUCGGGAUAAAUUUGACAAGGAAACUGUUUUAAUUUCUGGUCUUUUGUAUUACUGGAUGUUUGAUUGGUGUCUUUUUCAACAACCUAAUCCAUUACGGGGUUAAGUUCUGGGGAGUUUGGAGUUUAAACAUUUGAACCGUUGAAGUUGUAGAAAUUUCUAACAAUCAUUUUUAACUUUUCACUGAGACUAUGGCAAUGGGGUAAGCUUCCAUUGCCAUUAUCUAGUUCAUGUUUGAUAGGUUUUACUGUAUUUAGGGAGUAUUAGGCAGCAGUCACAAUAUCUUUAUAUGAUGGCGGAUACAAUACAAAUUAAUCUCUUCCAAGAUUCAGGUUUGUGUCCAACCACAUCCUUUUCAUCAGGUCUUACCUUUGCAAUAAGUUAACAUCUCUAGACGCUAAAAAUUUUUUACCGCAGUUCAGUAAAAUUUUAACGAAAAUUUAGCUUCAGUUUAGUAAUCGUUUCAGUAAAAGUAAAUUUACUGCAUCUUUCAGUAAACUCACAAGUGACAGCUCGUUUACUGCAAUUAUUGAAUAUCAAAAAUAACAGUUGAUUUGAUGAAUUUUCAGUAAAAAGCAUUACGUAUUACUGAAAAGCCAGCAAGUUUUAGUACUGAUGUACAGUGCAAUAAAAAAUCCAAUCGUCACCGUUGAGCUUCCGUGCAGUUGGGAACAUCUGUUCGAAAUCCAUGUUGAUCUGAGUGAUGUAUACAAUAUUAGAAUGAAGAAUAUAGUUUGUAUUAAAAAAUAUGUACAUACCAGAUAUCCUUGAAAUUCUGUUGAAAUGGGAAACAUUUCGAUCAUGGUGACAGUCACAUUUUGUUUCUUGUUUCGAAGUUCCUUUUGAAUCCUAGUAGUUUUUUUUCCAAUCUUCCUGGAUAAAAACGAAUGCCUCUUUCAAUGGCACAACAAAUUUAAACUUGUUUACCUGAAGAUUUACUCACAGGAUAUCUCCUCCAGGUUAAUAAUUUGUAGGUUGGCAUCCAUUUCGUACCUUUGAAUUCACCAUUGAACACUAUUUACUUCAGUGAAUUUCAGUGGAAUGUGACAUACGUCACAUAUAAUUACUGAUCUGCAGUAAAAAAAUGAAAUACUGGAAGGAAUCCAGUAAAUUGAUUUACUGAAGUCCAGCAAAAGAGUGACAUUAAAGGUGAAAAUCAGCAAAAGGAAUUAUUACUGAACGGCUUUCAGUAAAAGAAAAUUACUGAAACAAACUUAGAAAAUUUGCUGAGUAACCUACGGAAAAAAUAACAAAUUACAAGUAUGUCAAAUUUAUCCCGAUCACUCUAUAAUACAUUUAAUUUAACGCGUGUGUGAUUACAAUUCGAAACCCAUUUUAUUCAGACCAUGUGCAUUUUUCUUCUCUUUACGAAUACGUUUCCCCAAAAACAGUAUACCCGUGUUUUAGUAGUUUUGUUACUGUUACGUUUGCAUAACUUUAUUAACGUUUGUUUUUUUUUCCCAAGACAUUCAAAUUCAGUGACACGAUGUAUUGAUUUGGAGUAAAAUAAAAGAGAACAAUACAAUAGGAAAAAGUUGUUUACAA